UCAAAUAUUGAUCAAGAUCUUCAAAUAUGGAAAGUCACAUAAUUUGGAGAGAAUAUCAAUUAAUGAUAUUGGUAAUGCUUAUCAUCGCCUAAAAUAUAUAGCAAUGUCCCAAUUUAUGUUUUCAUGUCAAUCUAUAAAGUAUCUUAAUCUCUCACUUAGUACAACAAUAGGGAGAAUGAUACUCACACAAUCUUUAGACCUUCCGGAAUUAACAUACUGUCAUCUAAAAGAAGUCAGAUUCUUAGGAAAUAACAUUAAUGGUUGUGUCGACCCGUUUUCGAGUUGUAAAAAGCUAACAACUUUGAUACUUGAGUCUUGCAAAAUAUUGGGAAAAACAAAAUUGAUUGUGUCAAAUGCUUCACUUUCCAAAUUGAUCAUACAAUUUGGUCCCUUUUUUAUCUACCAGUUCCAAAUUCAGAUAAACACUCCAAAUCUGAAAUCGUUUACUUUUGCGGGUCGAUUUAGUAGUAUAAAUCAUACUAAUCCAAUCUUUGAGAACAACUUCCAAUUCCUUGAAGAAGUGGAUCUUGAGCUUUGGUUUCCCAAGCCUUCCAAAGAGAUUGCAGAGACCCUAAUGAGCUGGCUAAAGAGGUUCAAAAAUGUGUAUUCAAUGACUCUUGCUUCUCCAACGCUUGCGGUUUUUUCAUCCAUGCCUAAUUUCCCCAAAGUCGAAGAUGUUUGUUUUGAAAACAUGGAGUCAGUGCUGAUAAAAAUUGACCCUUUUGAAUAUAAAUUUCCGAAGGAAGUGUUGACAUACUUACUUAAGAACAGCAGGUGCAAUGAAAUUAUUACUACUUUUGCAGGUUUUGGCACUACAGUUGGCUAACCGACUACCGAAAUCGGUUACAGCCCCGAUACUCAGAAAUAGAAGUGACGCAGUUGUGGCGUAACCGGUUAUGCUAAAUGUCGUAACUAGUUACACUGAAGCUUUACAAUUUUAUGUUUUGUGUUUAAGUUGUUUUUCAGCUUCCCAAUCUUUGUAACUUUGUACUAUA